GCCUCAUGAGCGGACCGAUGAGAUGAAGAGUCACGAGCUGAGGCAGAAUGAAUGUGUGUUUUAAAAUGACGGAGAGAGAUAACGCCGUGACUGAAGCUGCUGGGCGGUUUGUCAUUGAGGAAAUAAAAAUGGAUGUGUCAAAGAGGAUCAUGAGAAAUCUGGAACCAGCAAGGCCACUGCGUCGUCUUAACAUAAAUCAAGUGUCUCAAAGCAAUGCUGAGAUCAAGCCAUUCACCAAGGGAAAAGAAAAGCCAGACAACAACAUAAAAGUGGAGCAGUUGUAUGAAAUCCUUCAUCUUCAAAGCACCAGUACCCAACCAAUAAAGAAAGGCAAAAUAUGCUACUCCAGGGACUUCCUCAUCAAGAUGGCAAGUUGUCCUGUGGCCAAGAAGAAACCUGAGUUUUUACCAGAGCAUCCAGUAGUCUUGGAGAAUGGAAGAACCAGUGAUGUGUCAAGACUUUUUGAUGGCAACCGCUACAAGAAUUAAGACAUGUUUGCCUAAUGUGAAGAAAUCCUUACAGCUUUUCUCUCUCUCUCUCUCUCUCUCUCUCUCUCUCUCUCUCUCUCUCUCUCUCUCUUUCUCUCUCUCUCUCCCCCGCUCCCUAUCCCUUUUUUUUUUUUUUUAAUAAGGGUCACUAAAUCUAUAUACUGCAUGGGGACCAAAGCAGAAAGAAUUUAAAUAUCACCUUUGUCACAAGUUUCUUGUAUAAUAAGCACUCCAUCUUACAAUGAAAAAAAAAAAAGGAAUUGCAAAGAAAAUAAAUGUUGUCUUUGAAAACUAAAUUAUAAAAAUGAUUCUCCUUGGAUGCUGAACGUAUCAUUUAAAAUAUAUGUAAAGACAAGUUUGAUUGAAAAAAAGUCCUCCAUUAGAAUUGACAGUACAGAAAAUAAAUGGAUAGCAACAGUACUGAUAUCUUGAUCCUUGCAACAGAUUGCAAAUUAUACUUUUUUCUUCUUUUUUUUUUAAACUCACCCUUUGUCCUUCUUUGGUCUUAGACUUUGGUUUCAACUCAUCAAACAGUUGUGAUUUCUGACUUGCGGCAUCAGAACUUUGCCUAAUGUCGAUGGUGUUGCUACACUGCGCAUAUGUUCUGCUUUCAUGAUUUGUGGUGGUUAUUUAUAGUGGAUAUUUGGACUUAAACUUUUUGAGAUUUUGCUUGAAGUUGUGCACCUUAAAUUAUAGACUGAUUUAUAGGGAGGUCAUAUGCCUGAGUUAGAUUUCUUUACUGCAGAUUUGGACUUUCCCUCACACUAACAGUAUUAACAUUGGUCAGAAUGUAUGUGGUUGGUUUCAAUGGUUGAGCAAGCAACACAGUUCUGGCACAAUCUUUUGACAACUUCUGAGCCUUUGGAUUUGUAUGUGGGAAUUAUUGACAAUAAAAGGCUUUUAAAGGUACAGUGAAUUUUUGCACUUGAAAAUGGAACUCUUUGUUAUACAAUAUAUAUACAGUAUGUAUUUGAAUUGUUUUAAAUGUAUUGCUGAGAAGUGGAUUGGGGCACAAAAGAAGUGUGUUACUUUAGCCUUUUCAGUAUUGUACUUUAUUUUUUAAGGGGUUACUAGAAAACCUUCAACAACAACAACAACAAAAAAAAAACAUCGCUCUGGAUUCUGAUGCAAGAAAUAUAUUUGUGUAUAGUUGAUUUGCACACCUGGGCAGAGGCAAUAUUUUUUUUUUGGUAUCACACUGUAAUCUGUCAACUCAUAACUAUUUUAAAUUGGAUUCAUUCUAACUUCACUAAAUUAAUUAAUCUCA